AAUUCCUUUUCUUUCUCACCCUCCUUUCUAGUACUUGGUAUAGUCCUCGCGCGGGCUAGAACGCUGCUCUGAGGAGAACUGGACGGUUCCUUUUAUUGGGAGCGGGGGUGGGGGAAAGGAGAAGAGAGGAUAAUGGAUCCUCUGGUUCUCCUCAUGAGCACCGGCCCUCUUCUCCGUCACUUUUCCGCCUGGUGCAAAUCUGACCGACCCUGACGGGGAGCCAGGCGUAGAUUAUGCCGCUGCCUCAUGGAAGGCGGCGGGGUCGCUGUGAGGAGGAGGACGCGGGAGCGGCGGCCGGCAAGACGAGCCGUUUCGUCUGGCAAAAGGAGCCGGGACCGGACUUGCUCCCGCUCUCCGCCCGCCCGUAAGAAACUGAGCUCCGGGGGAGACGGGGACGUUCAGGAGGAACUGGAGCCUGAGUACAUUUGCAGUGAAGAUGACAUGUUUGGGGAUUAUGACAGCAUUUCGGGCAACAGUUCUUUGCUAGCCGAGAUAAAUGAUGUAGAGCAAUGGUGCAUGCAGUCUAGUGAUAAGGAUCCGGAUUAUAAAAAUGAAGAUCGGAGUACCGCUGUGAAGCCUAUACGGGGAGAUGUUCAGCUACAGAAUGCCAAGAAUAUGGCACAGACAUUUUCAAACAGAAGAGAAUGUAAUUCCUCAAGUGCUAUGAAAGAACGACAAGACAACCAUCUAAAACCUCAAGAUGAUAGUCUAGAAAGCCUGCCAUCAUCACAGCUUCUAUUUCUUAAAAAAUCAGUAGACUGCUUAGUUGGCCUUAAUAAAGCAGAUAAUGUAGAAGAAAGAGCCUAUAAUAUGAAUGUCAGUAUUGACAAGAACUCAGAUCUACCGUACUGCCAUGAUACAGAGAAUAAUAAUAAACAUAGCGAACAAUCUACAAGUGCGUUGUCUGAACCAAGUAGAAGAAAGAGUCUCAAAGAUCAUCUCAAAAGUGCGAUGGCUGAGAAUGCCAGAGCUUCAAAUUCUCUGGUGUCAAAAAGUAAACAGCUCAAAGAAGCUGUUGUAUCUGAAGAGCUAGGUGUUGCUGAGAAAAACAGCAAUCCUUCCUUUGUUGAUAUUGGUCCUUUUUAUGGCUUACCCACCAAAGUCAAGGCACUACUACUACAGUUCAGAGGAAUUGAGAGACUUUAUGACUGGCAGCAUGCUUGCUUAACACUAGAAUCACUUCAACUGAAGAAGAAUUUAAUAUACUCCUUGCCAACAAGUGGUGGGAAAACACUUGUUGCUGAAAUUUUAAUUCUUCAAGAAUUACUCUGCAAGCAAAUGGAUGUUUUAAUGAUCCUUCCUUACGUGGCUAUAGUCCAAGAGAAGGUUGGAGGUUUGUCAGAUUUUGGAAUGCAACUAGGAUUUCUCGUGGAAGAAUAUGCAGGAAGUAAAGGCAGAAUUCCUCCAAUCAAAAGAAGGCUAAAGAAAUCCCUGUACAUUGCUACUAUUGAGAAAGGACACAGCUUGAUCAAUUCCUUGAUAGAAACAGGACAAAUCAGCAACUUGGGUCUAGUUGUAGUUGAUGAGUUGCAUAUGCUUGGAGAAGGAAGCCGUGGAGCUAUUCUAGAAAUGACACUUGCAAAGAUUCUUUAUGCAAGCAAAACCACUCAGGUCAUUGGAAUGAGUGCGACUUUAAGCAAUGUUGAAGACCUGCAGCAGUUCCUGAAAGCAGAAUACUACACAAGCAAUUUCAGACCAGUUGAAUUGAAAGAAUAUGUUAAAAUACGAGACAGCAUCUAUGAGGUUGAUAACAAAGCAGAAAAUGGAUUUACAUUUUCACGUCUCCUUGAUUUCAAGUAUUCUAGCAGUCUGCAGAAGACAGACCCAGACCACCUUAUUGCAUUGGUAACAGAAGUUAUUCCAAAGUAUUCCUGCCUUGUUUUCUGUCCUACUAAAAAGAACUGUGAAAAUGUAGCAGAAAUGAUAUGCAAGUAUUUGAACAGGGACUAUAGAAAGCUCAAGGAGAAAGAAAAACAGGAUCUUAUUAAAGAUUUAACGAACAUCUGUAAUGGAAGACUUUGUCCAGUACUGAAGCGAACCAUUCCGUUUGGAAUUGCCUAUCACCACAGUGGCCUUACCAGUGAUGAAAGAAAACAAAUAGAAGAAGCUUAUUCUGCAGGCACCCUCUGUCUCCUUACCUGCACAUCUACACUUGCUGCUGGAGUUAACUUGCCAGCACGAAGGGUUAUUUUAAGAGCUCCGUAUGUUGCUACAGAAUUCUUGAAGAAGAACCAGUAUAAGCAGAUGAUUGGCAGAGCUGGUCGUGCUGGUAUUGACAAAGCUGGUGAAAGCAUUCUUAUAGUGCAAGAGAAAGACAGACAACUGGUUCGAAACUUGGUAUACAGCCCCCUAGAAAGCUGUUACAGCAAUCUCCUGCUUGAGCUGAACAAGGGAAUCCGAAGCUUACUCUUAUCAUUGGUUGGAUUAAAGAUAGCAACCAGUCCUGAAGAGGUUUACCAGUUCAUGUGUGCAACCUUGUUUAGCAUCCAGCCACAACUUCUGCCUAAAGAAAAGAGUCUGCGGGAUGUAACUAUGGAAGUGUUGCAAUGGUUGAAACAAAAUGGCCUCCUAAAGGAAAGAGCAAGCUGUGACAGUGGACAAAAUUUUCAGUGCACCCUAGAGAUCACUCCAUUGGGUCAAGCAACUUACAAAGGUUCUAUUGAUUUGGCAUAUUGUGAUGCACUCUAUGCAGACUUGAAGAAAGGACUUGAGGGGCUAAUCCUUGAAAGCUGCCUUCACUUACUCUACCUGACAACACCAUAUGAUAUGAUUUCUCAGUGUAGUCCAAAUUGGAUGAUCUAUUUUAAACAGUACAGUCAGCUAAGUCCAGUAGAACAACAGAUAGCUAACAUUGUUGGAGUGCCAGAGAGUUUUAUUACCAAAAAGGCUUCUGGACAAGUCAUCAAAAAGGAUGUGGAGAGUAUCAUAGUUGGCAGACUCUACUUGUCCUUUGUUCUUCAUGCCUUGUUAAAAGAGACCAAUGUAUGGAAUGUGGCAGAAAAAUUUAACAUAUCGCGAGGAUUUGUUCAAACCCUUCUUAAUUCUGCUGCUUCUUUCUCUUCCUCAGUUCUGCAUUUCUGUGAGGAGCUGAAUGAAUUUUGGGUUUAUAAAGCUCUCUUGACAGAACUUAUCAAGAGAUUGACCUAUUGUGUUAAGGCCGAACUUGUUCCUCUUAUGGAGGUGGCAGGUGUUUUAGAGGCUCGAGCCAAACAACUCUACAAUGCAGGAUACAAAACUUUAGCACACUUGGCUAACGCAGAUGCAGAAGUGCUGGUAAAGGCUGUUGAGCAUUUGUCUCGACGUCAGGCCAGACAAAUAGUUUCAUCUGCAAAGAUGCUCCUGGCGGAAAAGGCUGAGGCUUUACAAGAAGAAGUUGAAGAAUUACUGAAAAUACCGACAGACAUUCCUUGAGGCUUCCUAAUCACUCUUCCAUAUGAUUCUGAUAAUCAAAUGAUAAUUUUCUACCCUAAUAAUAGUUAGUGGUUCACUGUAUAUAUUCAUGUAACUAAGCUUAUUUUAGUCAUAAUAAAACUCGGAAACUUCUUCUCUA